CGCCCCGGCCCCGCCAUGGCCGAAGCACCGCAGCUGGUGGACAUCGACCCCGACUUCGAGCCGCUGCCGCGGCCCCGCUCCUGCACCUGGCCUCUGCCGCGGCCGGAGUUCAACCCGCCCAGCUCGGCCACUUCCAGCCCGGCGCCGUCGUGCGGCGGGCAGCCCGAGGGGGCGGCCGGGGCCGCGGCCGGGGCCACCGCCUCUGGAGCGCUGAGCGCCGACUUCAUCAGCAACCUCAGCCUGCUAGAGGAGAGCGAGGACUUCGCGUCGCUGCCCCCCGCCACUGCCCCCCCGGAGGCGGCCGCCUGCCGCUGCGGGGACUUCCCGGCGCCCGAGGCCGGCUGCCGCCUCCACCCGCCGGGACCGCCGCCGGUGCCGCCGGUGCCGCCGCCCGUGGCCGGUCUAUCACCGGGCCCCGUGGCCGGGCAGCCCCGCAAGAGCAGCUCGUCGCGUCGCAACGCCUGGGGCAACCUGUCCUACGCGGACCUCAUCACCAAGGCCAUCGAGAGUUCCCCCGAGAAGCGGCUCACCCUCUCCCAGAUCUACGAGUGGAUGGUCAAGAGCGUCCCCUACUUCAAGGAUAAGGGCGACAGCAACAGCUCGGCCGGCUGGAAGAAUUCAAUCCGUCACAACCUGUCUCUGCACAGCAAGUUCAUCAGAGUGCAGAAUGAGGGAACAGGGAAGAGUUCCUGGUGGAUGCUCAAUCCUGAAGGAGGAAAGAGUGGCAAAUCUCCUAGGAGGCGAGCAGCGUCCAUGGAUAACAACAGCAAGUUUGCCAAGAGCAGAGGCAGAGCUGCCAAGAAAAAAGCAUCCCUUCAGUCUGGUCAAGAGGGAAAUGGUGACAGCCCUGGAUCACAAUUCUCAAAGUGGCCUGCAAGUCCCAGCUCUCACAGUAACGAUGACUUUGAUAACUGGAGUACAUUUCGACCUAGAACUAGCUCUAAUGCUAGUACAAUUAGUGGAAGACUUUCUCCUAUUUUGCCGGAGCAAGAUGAUCUUGGAGAUGGGGAUGUGCACUCUGUGGUAUACCCAUCAUCAGCCACCAAAAUGACUUCUACUCUACCCAGCCUUUCAGAGAUGAGUAAUUCUGAGAACAUGGAAAAUCUUUUGGAUAAUCUUAAUCUCUUGUCACCUAAUACAUCAAUGACUGUGUCAACCCAGUCUUCAUCUGCUACCCUGAUGCAGCAAACACCAGGUUACUCAUUUGCGUCCUCAACCACAAGUAUAGGCUCACCAAAUCCAGACUACAGGAAAUUUACUUACGCUCAAGCUAGCAUGAACUCUUUGUCCCAGAUUCCUAUGCAGACUCUCCAAGACAGUAAAUCAAGCUAUGGAUCGAUGAGCCAAUAUAACUAUCCUGGACUUUUGAAGGAGUUACUGACUUCCGAUUCUCCACCGCACAAUGAUAUCUUGGCAUCAGUAGACACUGGUGUUUCCCAGGCUGGUGGCAGGGUGCUGGGCCAAAGUGUGCUGAUGGUCACUAACUCGGUGAUGCCAACUUAUGGCAACCAACCACCCCACAACAAAAUGAUGAACCCUAAUGCCCGCCCUCACCAAGGACAUAACCAGCCAACACCUGCAGUUAAUGGCCGUGCCUUGUCACACACAGUGAACACCAUGUCACACACUUCAGGUCUAAAUCGCUUGUCAACAGUGAAGACUUCGUUACAAGUGCCUAUGAGUCACCCAAUGCAGAUGAAUGCUAUGAAUCCGUAUGCCCCUGUUAACAGUUGCAACGGCUACGGAAGGGUGGGAAUUGUUUCCCUCCACCAGGAGAAGCUUCCCAGUGACUUAGAUGACAUGUUAAUUGAACGGUUGGAUUGUGACAUGGAGUCGAUUAUCCGUAAUGACCUUAUGGAUGGAGAAACAUUAGAUUUUAACUUUGACAGUGUAUUGCCUAACCAAAGUUUUCAGCACAGCGUAAAGACAACCACACACAGUUGGGUGUCAGGCUAGGAUGUAGUAGGAGGCUAUGGUUAAAUUCUCCAGACUUGUCUGACAGCAGGAACUGAGAAAAGCAGUACAAAGAUGUCCUUCACCUUUCUUUUUAAUUUUCUUGACAAAGCUGUGCGCAUGCACUGACUUUUUGGGGGGGUCUUUUUUUUCUUUUUUCUUCCUUUCGUCAGAGUUGGCAGCAGAGAGAGUGUUUUCCUGUACAGGAUGUUUGCCCAAGGUUUGCAGGUUAUGUGCUGCUGUAGAUAAGAACUGUGCCAUUGGAAAUUUCAUUACUCUGAAGUGCCAAAUUCACUACACCAUAUAAUCUCAGCAAAGACUCUUACUUACAUCAUGUCGUGCUUUCGGUUUUGUACAGUGUGAUCUAUAGAAGAAGAAUUGUUUUCUAAGACUAUCUGUUUUGGUCCAAGAAAAAUUUAUAAACUUUUGUAAGAAUACUGUGAUGAUCUCAUGCCCUAAGUGAGUUUAACCUUUGUUGAUGUUACCUGUGUUUUGAUGAAUUGAGAUAACUGUGGACUUGCCUUGCAGCAGUAUGAACUACAUUAUUUUACUCAAAAUUGCCACACAUUUCAUAUGGGAAUAGAAUAGCCUGUUAAAUAUGAUCCUACUAAACUCAUUGACUUUUCAAGGCAAACAGUAGGUUAAAUGCCAUUUGGUAAGUUAUCUGUAUUCGUGUAAAUUUAUGCAAGAAUAUAUUUCACUGUCAGACUAAUGACUUUAUUGUUGGGCUUAAGAUAAUUUUUGGAAUACUUUCCAAGCUAUUUUUCUUAUAAUUAAAAUCUACUUUUGUUACGUAGGCAACUUAAAAAAAAAUAAAUCUGAGAUCUGGCAGCAUUCAUAACCUUUCAAUUUUGUACAGUAUUUUAACUGGAUUAAGUACAUGUUUUUAUAAAUUUCCAUACCACUUGGGAGUGCUAAUAAAGAAAAAGCUUAAUAAGGAUAUUGAAUACAAAACAUUUCUGUUUUGACAUCCCUUUUUUUGUUGUGUGAUGUAUAAAUAUAGACAACUUUAUGUUUAGAAAGUAUUUAAUCAGUUUUAUAUAUGCAGUUUUAGAAAUGUCAUCUGCUUUUAUUAUCAUUUUCACUCUGACUACCACAAAGUGUUAAGUAUUCAUUGUUAAGAUGCUUGUACAAUGCUUCACAUUUAUAUUUAUUUCAUGGAGGUCUCAUAAUGUUUGUGCACUCAAGAGCAGGACCUUUUUGUGGAAAAUUCAUAAUUGUAGUAAAAUUAACAAAAAAAUUGUCAUUUGUCAUAAUUAGCACUAGUUUUGGGGUUCAUCAGUGUUUCUUUUGUAAAGUAGUACAUUCGAAGAGGAAAGAAUGCUACCUUUGAGUGGGAGGCUAAAAUUUCCGUGCCACCUUAUUGCAAGACAAAACAUUAUGUUGUCUUUUUUUUUUUUUUUUUAAUAAGAAAGAUAAAGUAAGUGGCAAACUUAUACAAAUGCAUGAGCUUUAGGGUAGGGGAAAGCAUUAAUGAGAGACAUCUUGUUUCUGUGGAAAAACUUGCUCUUGUUGGAGUAGGCACACUGACAGCUACCAGAGCAUUUUCAGGAGUGGGUCUUGGAAUACAUGACUUCUGAUUUUUUGUAAUUGCACGAUGCAGUUUUUAUGGAUGUGUGGAUAACAGGCCUCACCUGUCUUUUCACUGGUUGCUACACAACAUUUGUGUUAUAGAAAUCCUUGGAGCUUUUUUAUGCCCUGACAGGAUGAACAGCUUUUGUGCUAGGCCUGGCUUUUAUGAAGGGGAGAAUCAAAUAUUUUUACACUGAAUUUUCUUUUGUCUAAAUGGCUCAUAACUGGAAAACGUUCUAAUUGAAAUUUAUCUUCCCUGUAGUGAUGGUGUAUGGUGCAGAAAGAAACAGGAUGUGCCAAGUAAAUGAAGUUUAGUAACAAGCUAUAUAUUUAAUGAUCCUGUUAUGACUUUCCUAGGGCUCUGCAAUGUAUUUAUUGAUGUGCUAGCAUUUAGCUCCCUGCUGGGCUUAAAUUGCUACUAAUUACAGCUGGUCCUACUUUUUUAGAUAUACUGUUAUGCUUGUCAGCAGUUCCAGAGGCUGAUGUUAAGCUGUCUUGUGAUACAGGAUCUCCCCCAGCGUGAAAUCAGUCUUUGAACUUGCUUUGAGCAAAAUCAAAUGUUCUUAGUGCCAAAGCCUCAAUGAAGCCACCUGCUUUUACAGGCAAAUAUCUCUAGUAGGAUCUUCGCUAUCAAAUUCAUUAUCUCUGAAAUGUGAUAGUAAGUACUGGCAGUGGAGCAAGUAAAAGUCUCACAUAGGUUUCUGAAGAUCCUUCUUUCUGCUGCGUGUGCAAAAAUGUUUGCUCCCAAAUAGGCACUGAUACACAUAGGCCAAAAUAGUCGUAAAAUUCACAUCUGCAUGCAAAGAAAGCAGUACUCUAUGGGGAUGCAGCUGAACAUGCUACAUUUAACAAUAUACCUCCUUUUUAUUAUUAACUGCUACUGUAUAACUUCCUGUAAACAUAUAUUUUAUUCAUUUCCUUUUAUAACUAUGAAUAACGUAAAUGUAGCCGUUCCUUAAUUACAACAGUCUGUAGGAAGCCCUUUUAAUUAUUGUGAGAAAACAGUUGUAGGUAAUCAGAGGUUUGGAUGUGUGAUCAAUUUUUUUUUUUUUUUGGUGGUGCCAUUCUAUUAUUUUGCAAUUGUAAUUCUGGAAUACUGUGAAGUUUGGUGAAGGAGCAUGUUGUCUGCCUUGAAAACAAACAUUAUGUGACCUCUAGUAAUAAAUCCUUUUUCAGUAAAAGUACCAAGUUUCUGGAGUAAUUGUCAGAAUUGUUGUAAAUGAUUGAUUUGUGAAUUGUGCAGAUGAUCUUAUCUAUGCAGCCUUGUUUUUGACUUUUCUCUGGUUUGUACUGUUAUUAAAAGUUUAUUGUAUUAUAGAGCUGUUCAGAUAUUUUAAAUAUAAAGAUGUAUGGUUUCCAUAAUAUAGCUAUAUGAUAUAUGUUUAGGUAGUAGAUGCAUUAAUUGGAAAGCUCUGCUUUGAUAAACUGACAGUUUGCCUACACUUAUAAGCAAAAAUCGUAUUGCUUAUUAUUGGCUUAAAUCAACAGAGCAUCCCUGAGAAGUUAAAAUUGGACCAAUUAUAAAACAGUAUAAAAUUUGCACUUGUUAAACCACUGGAUGUAUGUUAGUACUUUUUUAUUUUUUUACUGAUUUGAAAUUCCUAUUUUCAUUAUGAAAUUGCUAGAAUUCUUAAUUUAUGACUGAUUUUAAAUAAGGUAUUCUCAUUAUUAUUAUUAUUAUUAUUAUGGUAAUCAUAAUGUAAGAUGCAGCAUGGUUUAUGCAAGCAAAAAGCAAAUUAUUCUACAUUAAAACUGGCCUCUUUUUUGAAGGUGUUCCACAAACCAGCAAUAUUAUGAAAGAUUGGCAUGUACAUACUGCUAGUUCUAUUUGUGAGUGGUGUGACAGCUCUUCAACGCUUCACUGCUCUGACUUAGUCACAUUGCAAAAUUAAAAUUCAUAUGUGGAUAUUUUCAGAAAAAGUGCCUGAUGUACUUCUACAGACACAUGAGAACAAUCCCUGACAAUUUGUUGUAUAAAGCCAUAAAUGUAUAUAAAUUAUGUUUAAAAGGUUUUGUGUCCUUUCUUGUAUACAGAGAAUGAGAUUUGUACCAGUAUUCUACUUGUGAUUAGUAAUCCUUCUACUCAGACUUUGUUGUAAUCACUUUCCUUACCAUGUAAUCUUUUUAAUGAUGAUGAUCCCAUUUGGACAAUCCUGAUGGCAUUAGCAAUUUUAUACAGAAAAAUACCUCAUGGUACCAAGUUUUGCCUGGUGAGAUGAUAACAUAUUAAUGAGCAAACACUAACUGCAGAAUAGUUAACAAAUUUUCCAUUACUUGGUAUAAAGGAAUUUUUCUCUUUUGGCAUUGCUUGUGGAAUUGGAACUGUAGCAGGUACAGGAACCUAACAGGGCUGUGUUACCAGUGUUCUAUCACAACCUAGUGUGCUAAAAGUAACUUGUUUACAAGUCUUUGAGACUAAACGCAAGAAGAAUCCAUGCCUAACUCCUAGGGCUCUUGAGAUUUUUGUGUAGAGAUGUGUCAUUUGUUACUGGAAGCUGCAUUAGGUGGCAUCAGACCAUGUUGCCAAUGCUUCAACAAACGUAGUUCAGAGAAAAUUACAAAGAAGUCCUGAAAUCCUUUCAGAAUGGGUAUUUGUAAGUAUAAGCUCUUAAUAAAAUUGCUAUGACAUGA